AUGACACCAGCUCUAUACGAUUCCGUUAUCACCGAAGAGUGGGUGAAUCUGCAUCUGGAAACUUGUGGAGCGUUCCUCCUUCCAGUUAAUGGAGGCCCUCUUGGUCGAGCUGGAAUGGAUCGCUAUUCACUAUAUCGCAUGGGUAUGCCGAAAGACCUGGUGGAUCGCCUUUAUCGAGCGCUUUACGUGUACACGAAUGGCUUUCACAAUAUCAUCAACGAGAUCGCAGCUCAUUGUCCCCCACGCUUUGAAAAGCACGUGUCUUCCAACGCCUGGUUGACGUUUCUGCUACUCCUUGAGCAAUGUGAGAACGGCAAGUACGAGAUGGCAAUGCUCAACUUUAAACAAGCGGCAGAAAAAGAGUGA